CAGUCGCCCUUCCUCAUGGAGAUUAUGUUCUUGCGAUCACAACACGUCACAUGACCAGAGUCACCCUGGCAGUUAUUAAAUGCACUCGAACAUGUUGAACAUCUCUCAGUUCGUUCUCUCUAGCUACGGUUGUUGCUGAGCUGACAGCAAUACUUAUCUGCCAACAAAACCGUCCGCUCUGAACUGCAGUCGAUUCCGUCUCUUAUUUGUUUAGCUAGCCAGUUUUAGCUACGUUUUCAUUGUUGUGGAUCUUGUUAGCAAAUUACUUGGAGAUUUUCUUGUUUGGUAAACGUUUGUAAACAAUCGAAUUUGUAAGAUCAGCUGAUCUUCACACAAAGCAUCUUUCUGCGGUUGAUCAGAAGAACCCAAACAAACUCAGGAUGACUACCAACGCUCAGCAGGCGAAGAGUUGCCCCAUCCCUACCCGGGUUCUCACCCUGAAAGACUGGUCUCAGCUCCCCGACUGCUACAGUCAGACUCCCGGGGGUACUCUCUUCUCCACAACGCCCGGAGGUAAGAGCACGGAGCCGGAUGUUUGUUUAUGAUCAACCAUGCACCACGCUCAACACGUUUUGUACCAGGGAUAAUUUAUCUAACGUUAGUGUCUUAGUAAAUAUAAUAUAUUAUGGUUUCACCAACAUUAGCCAGCUAUUUUUUUUAUAGUUUGAAAACGAACGUUAUAUUGUGGGAUUAGGGGAUCUAAACUAGCUAGCUACUUGUCGAAGGUUGUGCACGAAAUAACACGUUCACGUUCUUUAAAGCUGUUUUGAAAGGUACAUUUACCUACCCAAAUCUUGCAACCACUCAUCGUUACUCAACCCUCAGUUUCCAGUUUAUUUGUGUCGUACAUAAUACAUGCGCAAAUGAGUGCCACGCGCUUGUUAGUUAGCUGGCUAAAACUAGUCUAGCUAUCUGUGUCUGACUUGCAGCGUAGUGUUCUGUCUUUCAGUUUGACUUGCAGCGUACUGUGUUGUGUAUCUGUUUGACUUGCAGCGUAGUGUUCUGUCUGUCAGUUUGACUUGCAGCAUACAGCGUUUAUGUUGGAAAUUGUGUAUAAUAUGCUUGCUAUGUGAUAUUUUAAAUGCUAAUGCAAAUUUAAUCAAUGCAUCUUCAAAAAAAGUGUUCAAAUUAUUGCCUCCAGUCUUUUUAAUACAGAGGUCACUCUUCCUUUACUGGAAAAGCUUUAUUCUUAUUGACAGACGAAAAUAAAAAAUGCAUUUUUAAGUGAUGUGGAAAAAAACAAGGUUUACUUGUUCAACCUCAUGGCUGCUUACGUGCAGUCUGUGCAGAGCAAUCUGGUGGUGAGAUUCGGUACUGUCUGUUUACCACACACACAGCUCAGACCUGUCCAAACUCGCUGACAAGAGAGCUGGCUGCUGCAAUUCACAUUCACAACAACACCCACGUAAAGUGUUAUGUUGGGUACCAAUUCACAAUUAACUUUGACUGGGCCAAAUUAAACUUUAGCUUACAUAUGUUUUGUUAGUUGGGAUGUAAGUGAAGUAGUCAUAGUGAUGGGUGUUAUGGUUGUCAAAUUUGGCACAACAUUCUGGACAGAAAAAUACUUGUGAAAAAGCAGAUUGUUGGACAACAAGCUCCUCUUGACCUAUGGGUGGGCGGUGCCAGAUUCAGGGUGAUGAUUGGGAAGAAGAGAGGGAGACAUCCCCUCUGUGCGCCCCCGCAGCUGCCCUGGUGCAUUUCAGGAAUACUGUAGGAACAUUGUGUUCCAGCCAAGUGGAGAGGGAGGGAGGGAUCAGAGGGGGGAGGGAUUGGGAAGCAUAAAUGGAGUGCAACGAGGCCUUUCUAAGAAUGGAUGAAGUGAGGGCACGAGGGAGGGAGUGGUGGAAUGUGUGAUUUGGCUGAGGAGGCCAGAAAACAGUGUGGUUUCAGGUCCUCUAUGGAUACUUCAUGUCCCUUAUGUGUUGUGGAAGGCAUGGCCAGACCAGAACAACUUAGUUAUGAGCUUUAAGGGGUUAUAACAUGGAUAUAACAGCUCUGUUACUGUCGUUACAGUGGUUAUUGGUGGUUCUUCAUUGAUGCCUUACAACCAAUGGCCUAGAGUAGUUUUACAUGAUGCUUCUAUAACCAGAAGUAAAGUUUAUGCAACUAACUGCUGAUGUGAGCACAACAAGCACAUGGUAUGGAGAGACUCUUCCGGUCCCCCGCCCAAUCAUGUAACAUCUCCUCUCCCUGUUGUAAUGUGAUGAGGGGAGGGAGGGGGAUGUCCCAUUGCCACAAACAGAGUGAGUAGCAUUACAAGGGACGUGGUACGUUUCCUGUGAACAAAGAGAUUGGCCACAGAGCUGGGCUUGGCUGGGCCUCUGCUGCAUAACUCAUGGCCAGGGUACUAUAGCUUAGCUGCUGGCUGGCCUGCUCUCUCUGCAUAGCUUCUGCCUGAAUUCCUGCCCCAAUGUUCCCUCGUGCGCACGCACACACUCCUUCCCCUCCGCUCCCCUUUUGUUCAGGACAGGGUGCUCAACAGGCAGAGGUUGCAUAGUGUGUGUGUGUGUGUAAAUAGAAGUGAUUAAGUGCAGAACAGUUGUAACUCCAGCAUGCUGUACUAAUACUAAAUACUGCACGGCACCACUCCCUGUCCUCUCCAUGUAACCCUGUCCAGGGAAAACUUCACUAGUAGACACCACAACAUUGGAUGAUUCACAUCUAACAGCUGUUUAUGAAAUGUUCUGGAAGGCAGCCUGCUAAUUAGUUUAUCUAGUACACAGUGGUUCAGGUCAAACUUCAGUUCAUCAGCAUGAUAUUCAUAUUCAGUAUGAUAUAUCUAACGGUUGUUUAUCAAUGUUCUGUUGCAAUUCAGGGAAUCAUCAGUCUCUCAGCUGGUCCUCUGUAGCUCAGCUGGUAGAGCACGGCGCUUGUAACGCCAAGGUAGUGGGUUCGAUCCCCGGGACCACCCAUACACAAAAAUGUAUGCACGCAUGACUGUAAGUCGCUUUGGAUAAAAGCGUCUGCUAAAUGGCAUAUUAUUAUAUUAUAUUAUAUUAUAACCUGUCAGAGCCCAGUUGUUGGGAUUAUGGUUCAUUGUUUAGCUAGCUAGCUACAUGUCUAAACAAAAGACUCCACUAUGCAAGUAACCAUUUCAAUAGAAUGUUCAUGAUGUCAAUGCGACAACUGUCGAUAGACGUAGCUGGUAAAUUCGCUCUGGCUAUCUACUUCGAUUUCAGAGCAGUCUCGUCUGAGUGUGCCAGAGUUCAGAAUAACUGACACAUUUACGAACGCUCAACACCAGUUGAAUAUGGCCGGUGUCAGUAAACGUUGGGGAAAAAGUGUAAUUAAAUUGUUGCCAGCAGCACAGUUGCAGUCACCAACGCUCUGGAUAACAUAAAAACAGCCUAACCAGCUCUGCUAGGGCGAAUAUAAUGGUCAGAGUGAGGUGUUCUCUCAUUUGUGUCUAGAAGUAGCUAGCCAACAUUAGCCAGUUAGCUUGGGUGCUUGACUGCUGUUGUUAGGUCAGAACACUCAAAUCGACCAUACUCCUCGGCCAGAGUGUCCAGUGUGCGCUCUGAACGCUUUCGUCUGUCAACAAACAGACAAUCUGACAACGCUCUGAGUUUACGAACUGACAAUCUGACAACGCUCUGAGUUUACGAACGGACAAUCUGACAAUGCUCUGAGUUUACGAACAGACAAUCUGACAACGCUCUGAGUUUACGAACAGACAAUCUGACAACGCUCUGAGUUUACGAACAGACAAUCUGACAACGCUCUGAAUUUACGAACAGACAAUCUGACAACGCUCUGAGUUUACGAACAGACAAUCUGACAACGCUCUGAGUUUACGAACAGACAAUCUGACAACGCUCUGAGUUUACGAACAGACAAUCUGACAACGCUCUGAGUUUACGAACAGACAAUCUGACAACGCUCUGAGUUUACGAACAGACAAUCUGACAACGCUCUGAGUUUACGAACAGACAAUCUGACAACGCUCUGAGUUUACGAACGGCCAAUCUGACAACGCUCUGAGUUUACGAACGUGCAGAAAACCCUCUGGCACUCCAGAUUACAUUUACGAACCCACCCGUAGUAUAAACCAGCCUUUAGUCUCCACCCGUAGUAUAAACCAGCCUUUAGUCUCCACCCGUAGUAUAAACCAGCCUUUAGUCUCCACCCGUAGUAUAAACCAGCCUUUAGUCUUCACCCGUAGUAUAAACCAGCCUUUAGUCUCCACCCGUAGUAUAAACCAGCCUUUAGUCUUCACCCGUAGUAUAAACCAGCCUUUAGUCUCCACCCGUAGUAUAAACCAGCCUUUAGUCUUCACCCGUAGUAUAAACCAGCCUUUAGUCUCCACCCGUAGUAUAAACCAGCUUUUAGUCUUGAAAUCUUUGGUUGUUUAGUACAUGGCCUCACAUGUGAAUCCUUAAAGAGAUGGGUGGGGCUAAAGUUUAAGAGGGUGUGAACAAUGCUGAAUGGGUGUAGACAAAGAAGAGCUCUCCAGUAUGUGUACCAAAACAUUCAAGGGCCAUUUUCUCAAAAGUGAUUUUACAAUUUUAUAAACUUUCAAAGCAGAAUUACUUUCCCAUUGUUCCUCAACUGUAGUGUAUGAUAUACAAAUUUCUAGCUCUGAGUCAUUACUUUUAUCCAGUGUAAAAAAACACAAUUUCAAAUUUUGCUACAUAAGAUCGAGCCAGUCGGUCACCUAUGCCUAAGAGUCUAGGGGAGGAGAAGAUGACAUUUGGUUCCACAACAACCAAGGUGUUUGACUCAACAUACCCCAUUCCUGAGGCUGCCUGGUUGAGGGGAGGUUAUCAGCACAGGACGUCUGGUCAGCCCACCUAAGCAAACAGAAUGUAGGGGAAACUCUGCUGGUGACUACAGUACACAUCUGAAGUGUACUACACGGUGCAGGCUACACAGAGUUAUAAUAAUAAUAAUAUGCCAUUUAGCAGACGCUUUUAUCCAAAGCGACUUACAGUCAUGCGUGCAUACAUUUUUUGUGUAUAGAGUUAUGUGUGUUUGGUUCUGGUCUGCCUUCUGUCACCACUUCCUGGUUCUAGGAUAAUGUGUUGCUGUGCUCCACUUUCCUAGAACGGACUAACUACUGCCAACCCACCGACCACCCCUCUUCUCUUCUCCCCCUCCCUCUCUCCCUCUCCCCGGGCUGAAAACAGGGUGUGUGUGUUUAGUAUGCGUCGACCAGCCCUGACCCUGAGGCCAGGGAGGGGUGACUCUCAGUUCCUUCCAGAUACAUUCCUCCCUCUGUCCUGUCAGGGACUUACUACUCUCUUGUAUUUGUGCGGUUUUGACAUCAAACUAUUCAUGGCCGGUUUUCAAGGACCAGAUUAGAUAAAUCAGGAACUAAAUCAUCCAUUUUGUAGACUGCUUAAUGUUGUUGUGUUCACAACUAGUCUAACAGACUUUAUGGUACAUGAGUCAAUUUACACUGGUUUUACUACACUGCUUUGGUCAACAUGGUGUAGCUCCCUUCACUGGCAAGUCAACUGACCCUGCCCCCCCCCCCCCCCCCCCCAAUCUCUGACAGGAACACGCAUUAUCUACGACAGGAAGUUCCUCCUGGACUGUCGGAACUCUCCCAUCGCCCGUACCCCCCCCUGCUGCCUGCCCCAGAUCCCUGGGGUGACGGUGCCCGCUCUGCACCCUCUGGGCAAACUACAGGAGCUAAAAGAGGAGCUGGAGGAGGAGGAGGAGAAGGACCUGGCAGGUAGGAAUAUACACACACCAAACACACUAGACAUGUUACUGUAUAUAAACACAUACACACAUCCUGUACAGACAUGUGCACACUGACAUAAACUUGCAUAUGAACACGUACACACACACACACACACACACACACACACACACACACACACACACACAGAGGUCAAAGAGGACAUGGUAGGUACAAACUGGUAUAACCUGCUGCUAGCUCUACCCUACCUUUUUUAUUUCCAUUCAACCAGCUAUAUGAUAAUGUUGACAUGUACCUGGCUUUAUGUGCUUUGUCAUUAUGGAUCCUAGUGUUGCCUGCUAUCCAUGCACAUUGUUGCCAAUUUAUUCCCUUUUUUGUGAAAUGUAGGAUAACUUUCUGCAUGUACAGUAGUGUACAGUGUAACCUUGUUAAAUAUUCUUACCAGACGUGUGUGUAUGCAGUUUCAACAUCUAUGUGUUAUUGUGCAAAACUCUUGACACCAUUUCUAGCCUGGUUGUUUGAAGAAGUGGGUGAGGGGGAGUAGAAGGCCAGAGCAGCAUUAUCACUUGCUGUUAUUCCUGUCUGUCUGUCAGGCAUUAUCCCCUGCUGUUAUUCCUGUCUGUCAAGCAUUAUCACCUGCUGUUAUUCCUGUCUGUCUGUCGGUCAAGCAUUAUCACCUGCUGUUAUUCCUGUCUGUCAAGCAUUAUCACCUGCUGUUAUUCCUGUCUGUCAAGCAUUAUCACCUGCUGUUAUUCCUGUCUGUCCGUCAAGCAUUAUCACCUGCUGUUAUUCCUGUCUGUCGGUCAAGCAUUAUCACCUGCUGUUAUUCCUGUCUGUGUGUCAAUCAUAAUCACCUUCUGUUAUUCCGGUCUGUCAAGCAUUAUCACCUGCUGUUAUUCCUGUCUGUCAAGCAUUAUCACCUGCUGUUAUUCCUGUCUGUAAGGCAUUAUCACCUGCUGUUAUUCCUGUCUGUCUAUCAGGUAUUAUCACCUGCUGUUAUUCCCGUCUGUCAAGCAUUAUCACCUGCUGUUAUUCCUGUCUGUCUGUCAAGCAUUAUCACCUGCUGUUAUUCCUGUCUGUCUGUCAAGCAUUAUCACCUGCUGUUAUUCCUGUCUGUCUGUCAAGCAUUAUCACCUGCUGUUAUUCCUGUCUGUCUGUCAGGUAUUAUCACCUGCUGUUAUUCCUGUCUGUCAAGCAUUAUCACCUGCUGUUAUUCCUGUCUGUCAAGCAUUAUCACCUGCUGUUAUUCCUGUCUGUCUGUCAAGCAUUAUCACCUGCUGUUAUUCCUGUCUGUCUGUCGGUCAAGCAUUAUCACCUGCUGUUAUUCCUGUCUGUGUGUUGAGUGUUUGUGGAACGUUACUAGGCCUUAGCCUCUUGACAGUACUGUGAGACUAGGACUCCUUGGACCAAAGUCAUGUAAUAGGCCUACCUAAUACUAGUCUGUCAGGACCUAGACUUCCAAGUCCUGGGCCCUGUUCAUUUACUAUAGAAAAAUGCUUUCUUCCUAGAAGUAGCCUAAUCACACCAACGUGAAGUUCAUAGGAGCAUGUCAAAUUGGCUGUCAAAUGAAAGCUGAGUCUAUGUUUUUCAGAAAUUAAGGCAUAUAUACACCUUUCAAAAAAUGUCCAUCCUAAAAAUAAGGAAUAAGCAAAGGCUUUGAUUUCUGGUCAGAUGGAAAAGGCAUCUUAGAAAAUAUCUACCAUUUUAAAAGAAGUCUUAGGGUAUUAGAAAUGCCUCAGAACACAGUGUUGAAGUAAAGACUCCUGCCAACUAAUAUCAACACUUAUAUUUAGUUUUGGAUAAAAAAAAUUAUGCCUGCAGUAAGUUUAGGAGACAUUGCCUUGGAUCUUGAAAUUCCGUUAUCAAAAACCCAGAUCUUUAAGAUAUUUUCAAAUUUCCCCCAUGAGGAGGGAGGAUAAUGAAAGUUCACAAAAGGUAGACCUAUCAAUUAGUUAUACUGUUUUUACUGAUAUCAAGUUUGUUUAUGAAUUAUUAAGUGAUUAAAACUUAAUUCUGUUACCAAAUUUGAGAAAAAUUGGUAACAGAAUUUCUGCAAUUGAAUUGGUUAUAAUGGGAAAUUAUAGUAGUUCCAAAGAACAGUUGGGUUCACAAGUUUGAGUACAGUAAAGAAAAGUGGCGUAUAGUUCAGUACAGAUUUGAUCUUUAGGGGCAGAGCUCCUAAAGUUAGAAUGUAGAAUAAUAACCAAAUAUGCAAAAGAGGAGAUUGCAUAUUUAUACCUUUUUGUACCUCUUCAGGAUACAUCCCCAUGAAGAGCAUGACAUUUAUAUCCAUAAUUAUGCAUUUCUGUGUAGUACAGAUCAGGGACUCAUGAUGUAAUUUCGUUACCGCAAUUCCGUUAAGGGGUGUAAAUCCACUUCACUUAAUGUAGUUCAAUAACUCAAUGUCUCAUGUCAUAGCUGACACCCCAUUCUUUCUGCAGACAUUGUUGAAUCUUAAUUCGGAGCAGAUAUUUAAGAGUUUUUGGAAAAUGUGGGCACAAACUGAGGGAGAUUUUACUGAAAUUCUGUUACCAAACUUUGCAUCUGCACAGUUCUUCCAGCAAAUGUGUUUUUAUAAAAUGUUCAGUUUAAAUUGUUAAAAGUAGCCCUUGUGCAUAGAGUUGUAUGGUACGUUAAACUUGAAAUCAAUGGAUUGUGUUUGGCAUACAUUUUAAGUGAAAAAUCGGAGGCUCAAAGCAUUUCCCUUACCGUGGAAUUGCCAAUAGAACAUUGUGUAAUGUUCUCCUAUCCAAAACUGCCACUAUCUCUGUGUAUCUUAUCUGUUUCUUGGCUGUAGAUAUCUCUACGUAUCAGCUGGCUAUCGGUGUCAUAGUGCACGGUUUUGUUUUGGCGGCUGAAGACACACACUGUACUAUGAUAGUGAGCUGCAGGCUAGUUGCACGCAGUGUCGUUAAUUAUCAGGUUGGUUAUCUGUGCUGAGUGUGUUGAGGUCAGAUCAGAACAGGGACACUAGAUAAACAGUUAAAUAGAGCUUGUUGUUUCAACAGCAGAGCGGGAGUGGCCUGGUGUGGUCAGAGGUUUGACUGAAGAAAAGGCACACCAGCCACUAUCUCUUUCUUUCUCUCUGACCCCUCUCUUUCUGUCCAUCUCUAGCUCUCUCCCAUCUCUCUGCGCUCUCUGUCGCUCUCUGUCCCCCCUCUCUCUGUGAGGCUAAAGAUGAUGGAGAUGAAAGAUGACCUCCUUUCUCUCCCCUCUACUUGGCCAACAGACAGGGGGGUUAAGAGGAGGGGAAGGGUGUAUUGGGUUAGGGGAUUGUGUGUCUGCUCUGGGAGAUUUGUUGUCUCUCCUGUCUGGAGUUGACAAAAACACCACAUUGAUAAGAAGGAUGAACAACACUGUCACUCCCCCCGUCAAUACGUUAUUAUGGGUGUGGUUAGGACUUAGUGGACUGAUACAAGGAACGACUGAUUUGUUAAUGUCCGUCUCUUCUCUCUCCUCUCUCUCUCUCUCUCUCCUUCUCUCUGUCUCUCUCCAUCUAGAUGACAGCCAGUUUGAGAUGGACAUCUGAGCAGCAGCUCAUUGCCUCCUGUGGAGAGAGCUGUUGUAUCUUCUGUUCUGACGUCUGACUGGUCCUUUACGACCAGCAUGCGUCACAUAUUCACCUUCUUCAACUAUCUUUAAAAAAAACUUUUUGUUGAGGAAACUCCCCAAAAGAAAAAGAGAAUGGGGGUAUGUUGAGUUAGAAAACAAUGAAUCACCGCUGUAUAAAGCACAGAAUGCUUCAAUGGUUGCAGAUUCCUGUUUGAGCUGCAGGGUUGGAAGAAGCAAUGUGUUUGUUGGACAGUUUUUGAUUUGUACAUAAGUCUACCGUACUUUUUAUUUUUUUUUAAAGGAGGGAAAUGUUCGAUUUUACAUUAAACAUACAGGGACGGCAGGAUUGGUCAUGAAGGCAGAGUUGCUGCGUUGUUUUUUAAAACUAAUACUCCCAUUUUGGAGUGGCUGCUGGGCCUAUGAGGGGUCACCCUGUCUGAGCCUGGCAUAAGGUUAAAGGUCAGAGGUUGGGGGUGACUGUUAGACAGGCUCCUCCAUGCGUCUGCCUGUGGAGGAGGAAUUGAAAUGUAUUAAAAUUCAAAAUAAAAUAAAGACAAAACCUAAACUUGAGUUCCGUCAUGUUCUUAUUUGUUGUUGGUGCCUCAUUCUUCCUCAUGUGAUUCCUAUUUUCAAACUAUGCCAGAAAGCCAUGUGUACAUACAGCAAGUUUACCAUGUCAUUACUUACUUAUAUAUGCACACACACACAAAACGAAAUAAUCUGGCUUGCUCUCUUACAUCAAAUGAUUUAUCGCCAAACAUGUAAUUGAGAUUGCUGUUAUGAAAUAAAGAAAUACUCUACUUGCUA